UAUAGUGUUCCAAGUGAUUAAAAAGUGUUUUAAUUUUAUGUGAUCAUAAAUUAACGAUGUCUCGUCAAACCAAGCAACCUACUUAUUCGUCGUCUUAUUAGUUGUCGUACUAAACAAUUUCGGUAAUGUUUUUAACGAUUAUUAGUGACUAUUAUUCUUGUCUUAUGUGAGUAACUGUAGCCUACGGUCUGUACGUCGACAUUUGCGCGUUUGUCGUGUUCUGUGUUGCGCUUAUAUACGCUUUCAGUUCGGAAAAUUUAGUUUGGUCGGGUCUGUUUGCUCAUUCUCUUUCGCGAACCAUUUUUAGAACUAAAGAGCCAUCGAAAUCCACCCACAGCUCUUCUUAAAUCCUGUAAUCUAUAAUUAAAAGUAUAUGCGGUUGGGAUAUACAAACCCCCUAGCAAACGUUUCGCGGAAAACAUUGUUGUACGUAUAAAAUACAUUACAAUAAUGAUAAAAUCGCGAUGACUCUAUUCUAACUCUGGUGCUUGCUUGUGUUGUGUGGUGUUUUGUUUUAUAGUCUUGUCGUUUAGUUUUACGAUUAGUGGGAAGAUGUGACUCGACACGAUAGGAUAGGCUUUGUGUUGGCUUGCACUUGUUUCAAAUUUUAAUGAGUACAUUGCUCUACAACUACAGACUUAGCGGAUCAGUCGGAAAACCCGUUUUUUUUUUGUUUAAUUUAAAUGCUGAAUUUGUUGCGUUGAACCCUGUGUUUGUUUGAGGAUAUCGCUGCGUGAAAAGCUACACGUAUUAUCAUGAGGCUGUUCGCGAUAAGGUUCGCGGUGAUCUUGUUUUGCCAGAAAGUCGUGUUAUCGGAGUUGUACACAGCUUUGGUGGAUUUAAAGGAAGUGCUGUAUACGGAGGGUGUUUUGAUAAAAACUUUGGAAACCUAUAUCCAUGCCGAGACGACGAAAUUAAAGUUACUCCAAAGGUACGUCGAUUUGUACAAGAGUCAACAUCAACUGGCGUCGGAGGACGUCGACACUUACGUUGCCAACCCCAUUAAUGCCUAUCUGUUGAUUAAACGAUUGACCGCCGAUUGGAGACAAGUCGAAUCUCUUUUGCAUAUGAAUUUAGUGCAAGAAACCGUAGCAAAUAUUUCAGCAUAUAAAGAGUAUUUAAAGUUUCCAACGGACGAGGACCUCAACGGGGCUGCUGUUGCCCUUACAAGGCUGCAGGAUACUUAUAAACUUGAUACUUCAUCGUUGGCUCGGGGUGAACUAAAUGGCGUGAAAUAUAGUUCAGAAUUAAGCGCGACUGAUUGUUUCGAAUUGGGGAGACAAUCGUACAAUAACGGGGAUUUUUAUCAUACCCAAUUGUGGAUGACCGAAGCCGAUUCUAGAUUGGGCAGGGAAAAAAAUGAGACAAUCGAUAAAAGUGAAAUCCUGGAGUACUUGGCGUUUUCAACGUUUAAACUGGGAGACGUACCAUUGGCCCUGGAUUUGACCAAUAAACUUUUAGAAAUCUAUCCCAAUCACCCCAGGGCAGUGAACAAUAAAAAUUAUUACGAAAGUGCUUUAGCUAAAACGCAAGGGGCCCAUAAAAAGGGAGACGAUAACGCUUACGAUGUACCCAUUGUUAGUGACAUGCCUGUUUAUUCAGACAGUUUAGACCCCCCUGAAAGAACUUUAUACGAGCAAUUAUGCAGAGGCGAAGUCAAAACUCCAGUAGAAAUAACUUCAAAGUUAAAGUGCUAUUAUUAUAACAAAAACAGAGAUCCGUUUUUAUUAUUAGCCCCUUUUAAAGUUGAAGAAGCCUAUAAAGAUCCUGAUAUAUUCAUCUUCCAUGAUGUCAUGUACGACGAAGAAAUAGAAACGAUUAAAAAUAUGGCAAGGCCAAGGUUUAAAAGGGCCACUGUCCAAAAUUACAAAACUGGCGAGUUAGAAACCGCCCAGUAUCGUAUUAGUAAGUCCGCAUGGUUGAAAGAAAUCGAACACAAACACGUUGCGAAUGUGUGCAAGAGGGUGGUCGAUAUGACUGGAUUAACUGUUGAAACAGCAGAAGAAUUACAGGUGGUUAACUAUGGAAUAGGGGGACAUUACGAGCCCCAUUUUGACUUCGCCAGAAGGGACGAAGUGAACGCGUUUAAAAGUUUGGGAACUGGUAACAGAAUCGCGACAGUAUUAUUUUACAUGAGCGACGUUGCCCAGGGGGGUGCGACUGUCUUCCCCCAUCUUAAAUUGGCACUGUGGCCUAAAAAGGGCACCGCUGCCUUCUGGUACAACUUGCACAGCAGCGGCGAUGGCCACAUUCUUACAAGACAUGCUGCAUGUCCUGUUUUAGCAGGAUCUAAAUGGGUCUCGAACAAAUGGAUCCAUGAAAUGGGACAAGAGUUUCGAAGGCCUUGCGAUCUACAACCACCCCCUCCAGAGCUCACAAUAUAAAAGUUUCUCUCAAGGGUUCGAUUUCCUUUCUCUAUUUUUAUCUCUUAGCAAACGUAAAACAUUCGUUUUGUUCUAUUACUUUACCAUUUUUUGUAUAAAGUAAUUAUGAUACUUAUUUAAAUAAUUUUUAUUAAAGCUAUUUACCCCCUACUUAAAACUGCCAGUAAACGCCGAGAUAUUUUAUAUUACGUAAAUGGUGAUUUAGCAAUUGUGAUUGAAUUUGAUUGAUACUGAAUAGACUUUAAGGAAUAUUUAAAAAUG